AAAGCUGCACGGGCCUUGAAAGCUGUACUGUUAGCAACAUUACGAACAAAGUUAUACUAUUUUGAAAUAAAUCCAAGAUAUCUUGUAGUCACAGUUUGCGGCAAGACGACAGCUACGUUAAGGGGAAUGUUGUCAACACACGGAACGGAAGUCCGGCGGGAUGCAAGACCAGAGAGGCGUCUUUGAAUGGGAAGUUUUUCGUGACUGACUUGCCUGGAACUCUACGCAAGGAGAAAGGAAAGCUAGCUGGCUAAGUUGCUAGCGGGUAGCUAGCGGCAAAGUUGCGUGCUAUUCACUUCCUUGUUGCACAUUGGAUUUUAAUGGAUGGCGAGAAGUUUACGUGGACAAGAGCUUUUGUUCGUUUUUGGACAUUUUAAUACUGCCUGAUAAAUGGAUUAAAAGCCUCUCGUGAGCUGUUAUAUUUGGGUAGAAUGGUGUUUUAAAAGAUUCGGUGCUGAUCCGGGCCUCAUGAAAUGGAAUCAGACUCCGUAACCGUUAGCUAGCUUCACUGAUUAGCUGUGGCUAACAAAUCCGUCCUGGAAUGCAAUGGUUUAGUAUGGACUGCCUCUAUAACAUAGCACCUCAUUUGUAACGGAGUGUGGUGGAGUCUUUUGUCGCCAAGUGUCACUACUUUGUGUGGGAGCUCAUUUGUGCUCGCUUUGUCAUGGAAAUGUAUAGCUAAUAUCGUGCUAACGAACUGAUUGUGCUGAGAAGUUGGCUAACUUAGCCACCUAGCCCAAUGUUCUGUUCAACGACACAACAAGGGACAUAGUUUACGUAAUUCUCAACGUACAACUAGUCAGAACUUCGUCAUAGAUUUUCUAUUUCAAGAAUAAAUGCCUAACUCGGAGGUGCUUCGAGAGGGUCGGAGACGAAGCCCCUCUGGGCAGCGGAAUGCUAACAGGCAGGACAGACGGAGUAAACCGGGGAGCGGUGCCGCUCAGCGAGACAGGCACCGGGAAAAGAGGCGCUUGUCGGCGUCUCGGAGGAAGAAACGCAGGCAAGCCAGGAAUAGAAACUUGUGGCCAGCUGGCACAACAGGAGACAUCGAGAAUGAUCGAAGUAACGCUUUUGAAAAGGAGCUUGAACUUCGGACACUAGUAGAGUAUGACGACGUGAGCUCCCAGUCGGAGCGUUUCUCUGGAAGCCCCUCUCCUAAAUCCUACCCUCAUGCGGACAGCCUGUCAGUGGAUCAGCUUAGCGAUGCUGACUUUGGGGAGUAUAAUGGACCAUCAUCCCCUGACAGAGGUCGCCUGGGAGGCCGAGAGGCAGUUUGCCUCCGUAAAGACGCCAUAACAAGAGUACCAUGUGCUAAGAGGAAACAAGAAAAGGUGGUAGGGAAGAAAAAGGAGCGUCAAAGUCGUGAGAAAGAGCCUUCCAAAGUCAGGAGCGGGGGUAACCUGAGCACCUCUAAAAACCACAGAGACACUGGAAAGAGCAGUGGCAAAAACAGUAAGAGGACUUCUGCAGCCCAGGCCUCCCAAUCUGGAGAUAAAAAGGACUCAAAAAGACACAAAAGUAAAACAAGAUCUGACAAAGAGCCCCCAUCUGCCUACAGAGAUGCUUUACAGUCUUACAGAGAAGAACGAGAGGAUCCGAGGUCCUACAGGAGAAGUCCUGCUCCUAAAACUGAAAGUCCCUAUGGGACAUCCUAUUCAUGCAGCUACCAGUCUCCUGGUGGGUAUAACCAGAUAUCUAGAAGAAGUCCAACUUAUGGGAGUAAAAGAGCUUCUCCCAGUUCCACGUACUACAGCCGGGACAUAGAUGUGUAUGGAGCGUAUGGUGCUUCCAAGUCACCCAGCUCGUACUCCAGCAACAAGAGGAAGAGGUCCCCAACGAGCCCAGCCAACUGGCGAAGGUCACCAAGUUAUGGUCGACACAGUCCGUAUGAACAAGGAGAGUUCGUCUCAAGUCCUUAUAAAAGCCGCAGGAGAUCUCGCAGUCCUUAUCGGAAGUCGCUGAGCCCAAGUCCCGAUGUCAGGCGAAGGUCACGUAGCAGAAGUCCAUAUACAACCUCAAGGCCUUCACGCUCUCACAGCCGCCAUCGCCACUCCCGUUCCCGCAGCCGCCCCUCCAGUCUUUCGCCGAGCACGCUCACGUUCAAAUCCAGCCUCGCCGCUGAGCUCAGCAAGCAGAAGAAGGUUAAAGCUGCCGAGGCAGCGGCCAAAGCCAAGAAUGCGAGCAACACGUUGACUCCAACCGAGGGUUCCUCAUCGGUUCCUCAGCCCAGCCCUAAACUAAACCACACAUCCAGGAAGGGACGUCCCCCCUCACCACCUCAACAAGAGAAGGGCCCCAGAACUCCCCCCUUGUGCCAGCCUCAGUCCCCUGCUAACAAGGUGUCCAAGAGGACCACGGAGCACCAGAACAGUAGGGACAGAGAUGGGAAAGGGAGGGAUGACUCCGUACACAGGGACAAGAGGAAAGCAGCAGCAUCUGUGCAGAGCAAGGACAAGGAUCGAACCACCGCUCCGGUUAUUUCUACUCUGCUGUCGCUGCCGUUGCCCCCAGCAGCUGCUGAACACUCGGAGAAGGGAGACAGCUUAAAGGACAUCUCAGGAAAAAAGAAGAUAGAGAGGAAGGCUCGUCAGCUCCUGGCGGACCUGCCGCUGCCCCCCGAGCUUCCUAGCGGCACGUCGUCCCCUCACAGUCCUCCUGAAGACAAAAAGUCCCAGACGCCUCGUCGAAGACCCAAAAUCUGUGGCCCAAGAUUUGGUGAGAUCAAAGAAACUGAGAUCUACUGGGGGAAGCGGUGUGUGGACAAGUUUGAGAUCAUUGGAAUCACGGGAGAAGGCACCUACGGUCAGGUGUACAAAGCUAAAGACAAAGACACGGGUGAAAUGGUGGCUUUGAAGAAAGUUCGACUGGACAACGAGAAAGAGGGCUUCCCGAUCACAGCCAUCAGAGAGAUAAAGAUUUUGCGGCAGCUCAAUCACAAGAGUAUUAUAAACAUGAAGGAGAUCGUCACCGACAAGGAGGACGCCCUGGACUUCAGGAACGAUAAAGGGGCGUUUUAUCUGGUGUUUGAGUACAUGGACCACGACCUGAUGGGUCUGCUCGAGUCGGGCCUGGUCCACUUCAACGAGAACCACAUCAAGUCCUUCAUGCGACAGCUGCUGGAGGGCCUGGACUACUGCCACAAGAAGAACUUUCUGCACAGAGACAUCAAAUGCUCCAACAUUCUCCUCAAUAACAAAGGUCAAAUAAAGCUGGCAGACUUUGGUCUGGCUCGACUUUACAACUCCGAGGAGAGUCGGCCAUAUACCAAUAAAGUCAUCACACUAUGGUACCGGCCCCCGGAGCUGCUCCUGGGAGAAGAGAGGUACACUCCUGCUAUUGACGUGUGGAGCUGCGGCUGUAUCCUCGGGGAGCUGUUCACUAAGAAACCCAUCUUCCAGGCAAACCAGGAGCUCGCACAGCUGGAGCUCAUUAGUCGGAUAUGUGGCAGCCCCUGUCCAGCUGUUUGGCCAGAUGUCAUCAAGCUUCCCUUCUUCAACACCAUGAAACCAAAGAAGCAGUACCGGAGGCGCCUCAGGGAGGAGUUUUCUUUCAUCCCGCCUACAGCUCUGGAUCUGUUUGACCACAUGCUGAACCUGGACCCCAGCAAGCGCUGCACUGCUGAACAAGCUCUGAGCAGCGAGUUCCUGAAGGACGUCGAUCCAGACAAGAUGCCUCCACCUGAUUUACCGCUGUGGCAGGACUGUCAUGAGCUGUGGAGUAAGAAACGGCGGCGACAGAAGCAGCUGCCAGAGGAGCUGGUGGCUCCCAAGGCGCCUCGCAAGGAGCUCGGCCUCGACGACAGCCGCAGCAACACUCCGCAGGGUUUCCCUGCUGCUGGAGGCGUCAAAGCCCAGAAUGCAGCUGCAUCAGUGCUGCUCGAUCCAAAGGGUCCAAACUCCCAGUUCACCCAGGAGCAGCUGGCGGUCAUCCUGAACCUCUUUGGUCAGCCCAAAUGUUCCAUCAGCACCGCCCAGUUGGUCCAGUCUAUGAGCACAAAGGUCAACCAGGAGACGUUACAGCAGCUCACUAAAGCCGUGGCUCCCUCUGAUCCGUCUGAGCCCCCCCCUCAGCCUCCCCAGCUGCCCGCUCCAGCAGGAGUACCCCGCACCCCCCCCAUGCCCAAGCCUCCGUCGCCCCCCAUGUCUGCCCCGUCUAGCGUUCCAGAGGGCGAAGCCACCGCCACGCAGACGGCCAUGACCAUGCUGCUAGCUCAGCUGCUGCAGGCUCAACAGCCUCAGAGGCAGGAAGUCAGCGAUGGCGUUGAGGGAACAGAGGGCGCCGUUCCAGCAACAACCGCAGCACUUCUACCUCCAGAGGUCAAACAGCCCCCAGAACCAAGUCCUGUUUCUCCAGUGUCUGAAGUAGGCGGAGUUCCCAUCCUACCUCCAGACCAGAGACCACCUGAGCCUCCAGAACCACCCCCCCAUGCCGACCUGGACUACCGGCAGCCCCCGCCUGAGCCUCAAAUGGGCCAUGCUCCUCCCAUUGCCUCAGCACAUGGAGGUGAUGGAGGCCGUCCCCCGGAGCCAGACUAUCCCCCCCUCCCUUCUACGGAGGGUUCUGGGUACGGGGCGGAGUACGCCCACCCGCCUCCUCCUCCCUUUGCUCCUGCUGUGUUCGCGGACAGCUACAUGGGUCACAUGCUGGGUGGAGGCCUGCCCCCUCACACCUUGAGAGAGGUGUUCAGUGGGCCUGGACAACCUGCCCCCUCAUCCCAAGCUUCUGGGGUUCUGCCCCCUCCCCCGCCUCACCCAGACCCUUUCCCUCCAGCACCAGCCAAUACUGGUCCCAGUAGCAUGGUGUUCAGCGGGGACAAGGACCACCGAUUCGAGUACAGUCACAGCUCCAUCUCUAGGGACGCACCACCCAACCCGAGUGCGAUCCACCUCUACAACCACACCAUGGCUCGGCAGGACGGCAUACCUCCACCCAUCCCAGCGUCAGGACAGCCGUGGGGCUCUCCAUCACAAGUCGGGGCCCCGCCCCUUCCUCUGGGCUUUGUUCCACAUGUAAACUCAACAGCAGCGAUCAGAGGGCGAGGGCUGCCCUUCUGAGAGACUCGGUGGGACCGGAACAGAGCAGCCGGCUCUGGAGAUGCACAUUCAUUUUAAUAACUUAAAUCUGUAUUUUUUCUUAAUCUGGAGUAUGUUGCAGAAGGACCGCUGAAUAACACCGGAGGAGCUUUUGUUCCUCGUACAAUGUUUUGUAUUUUUUUGUAAUCUACUUUUCCGUCUUUUAAAUUAAACUUUGACCUUUUUUGGACGUUCGUCAGGCGGGGUACAUUUUAUUCUACCGUAGCCUUUUCCUAACGUUCUGAGGCAGAGUAGUAUGUUUUGCCGUACUGUCCGAAGUAGGCAGAAGCUGUUUUUGGCUAUGAAACCAUCUGACGGAUGAUGCCGAGUCCUUUCAUUUGUGACAGAGAUUGUUGUUGUAUGACUGGUUGGGUGAGGCUGUUGGGUAGGAUGUCCACGUCUUGAGCCGGCGCGUGGGACGUCCACGUCUGGAGCGGAGGACAAAGACCGGUAGCGCUUGUUCAAACAGAUCUUAAUGGGAAAAAGGCUGUUUUUACUUUGAGUUCCACACGAAUCUUCGGCUGUAAAAUAAAGAGCAAAACAAUCAUAAUCAGAUAAAAGGAAACAACUGUUCUUGUACUAAAAUGAACUGUCCCCCUGUCCCCCUCCUUUUGGCUAAAGUUUAUUAAAUAAAUCCCAACUGUGUCA